GCCUCUUCUCUUCCUUUCCUUUCCUGGACUGGACGCCCCACCCUCUGCCCCGGCAAACCGGGAGCGCGCUGCGAAGCGCUGGGGCGGGAGCGAGAAAGCGGUCGGGCGAGCACGCGCAGGCCCGCUCGGCGUCGCCUAUCGGUGUCGGCCAUGGCGGCGGCGGCGGCGGCCUCGGCCUCGCAACGGGACCUUGCUGGAGACUGGCAGGACUUCUCGGGCUUCCAGCCUUCGUCGGCGGAAAGCAGCUGCCCCGAGUCCUCGCCUUCGCCGGCUUUGGAGGGGUCUUCUUGGGACGAUGGAGGCGGAGACCUGGGGUCGAAGCUGCCGCUUUGCUUCCAGCCUCCUCAGCCUGCCCGAAAUUGCGGGGACGGCGAAGCCCGUGUCCCGCCGCUGCCCCUCAGCGAGCAGAGCGCGCUGCACGAGGACGAGAUUUGGAAUGCUCUGACUGAUAAUUACGGUAAUGUAAUGCCAGUUGACUGGAAGUCUUCCCAUACUAGAACACUACACUUGCCAACGCUGAAUCUUUCUGAAAAGGGAGUCAAUGACAAUUUGAACCUUGACUUAUCAGAUGAUGAGGAGUUGAGAGAGCAGCUGGACAUGCAUUCUAUCAUAGUUUCCUGCAUCAAUGAAGAACCGCUCUUCACAGCUGAACAGGUGAUUGAAGAAAUAGAAGAAAUGAUGCAAGAAUCUCCAGAUCCAGAUGAUGAUGAAACACCAACCCAGGCAGACCGUUUGUCCUUGCUGUCCCAAGAAAUUCAGACGCUUAAGAGAACUAGUACAAACCACAAUUAUGAAGAGAGAGUGAAAAAACUGUCUGUGACUGAAUUAAAUGAUCUGUUAGAAGAGAUUGAAACAGCCAUCAAGGACUAUUCUGAAGAACUUGUACAGCAGUUGGCAUUACGAGAUGAGCUAGAAUUUGAGAAAGAAGUGAAGAACAGUUUCAUUUCUGUCCUUAUUGAAGUACAAAACAAGCAACGGGAACAAAAGGAAAUGGCAAAGAAAAAAAAGAAGCUGAAAAAUGGCAGUCCUCAGAAUGGCAAGCAAGAAAGAGGCCAAAUGCCAGGAACACGCUUCAGCAUGGAAGGAAUCUCAAAUGUCAUUCAGAAUGGCUUCCGUCAAACGUUUGGAAACUCAGGUGGAGAAAAACAGUACCUGACAACAGUUAUUCCUUACGAGAAGAAAAGUGGACCUCCAUCAGUUGAAGAUCUUCAGACGUUAACAAAAAUUCUUCAUGCCAUGAAAGAAGACAGUGAAAAAGUGCCAAGCUUAUUAACAGACUACAUUUUGAAGGUUCUGUGUCCUACAUGAAGAGAGGUGUGUUUGGCGAAAGACAGCCAUACUAAUUUCCGUGAAAAGAUGUUUUCCACAGAUUGUUUAAAGCCUUUCAAUUUGCUUGGCACUGUGUCGAAUUCUAAUGCAUUUACUACAUUCAUUGCCUGCCUGGACUUUUGAAUUCUUGAGUAAGUCCUUUGGAGCAUGUAGAACUCAUCCUUUUUGGUCCCGUUCCCCCCCCCCCUUCACUUAAGUGUGAUGCAUUUGAAAAAAGAGUGGAUACUGUACAGUUUUAUUUACAAGCAUUAUUUUGACUUUUAAAAGUAUUUUUUACAAUUAAUUGCAUGUAAUUAUUGUCCACAACCAUCUGCUUUGGAGGAGAAAAAGAAACUUCAGUGUAAAUAAAAGAAGCCUAUUCAGUGUUACUGAACUUUUAAUACAAAUUGCAAUGGGUUCUUGUAUUAAAUGUGUAAAAUGGAUCAAAAGCAGGAACUGCACUGCAAAAAUUCCAUCAAAGUUCUUCAUUGGAGACUCUUAGAAUAUCGAUCUAGGAACUAGCACUGUUUUUUAAAAAACUGUAUUGUGUGUUUACUGAUUCUCAAACUUCUUUCAGCACUGUACAGAAAGAAAAAGUGGUGUUGCAUCUGCUUCUUUAACUAGUUGACUUUUUUUUUUAAAAAAAAACAAGGACACAAUUCACUGAGAAGUUGUCAGUUGUAAGCGCCACUGUGAGAGGAUAGCAUUGCGGAACAUCCUGAUUCAUUGUGUUCCCAAGUCAUACAUCAUUACUUUGAUGUUCUAUAUUGUAAUUAUUUAUAAGGUAAUGUAGUUGAAUAUGGAUAUCUUGCUGCUAUUGUGCUUUUUAGUCCACAUGUUAAAUAAAUGUUUGGUCAUAGUGUAACAUUUUA